AUGGUCAACCACAGGAUGCUUAAUGUAUUUGUGGAGAUAUGGCACACUAAGACCUCUUCAUUUCAUCUCCCGCUUGGUGAGAUGUUUAUCACACUCGACGAUGUGUCGUGUUUGUUUCAUAUUCCGAUCAAUGAGAAACUUAUAGAUCAUGGAAGGAUUACCAGAGAUGAGGCACUCGAGAUGAUGGUAGACUAUCUGGGAGUUGACCCAGAGGAUGCCAUGAGUGAGUUUGAAAACACCAUAAGGGCUCAUGCUAGGUUUGAAUUCUUGAAAAAGGUAUAUACAUAUGAUAUACUUAUAGCUGAUAAGGCUAUAGGCGAUGACGAACAGGAGGGGCUCUAUAGAACGUAUGCUAUGAGAGCAUACCUACUAUUUAAUUGGAACUGCGGUUUUUAUGGACGAUAG